AUGAGUCGCGCAACACCCCGCAAGUCCCGACACCGUCACCACCCCAGUAGCGGGGGCGUUGGUGUCGGGGCCGGUGGCUACGCCGGAGGUCCUCGUGCUAUCGUUGCUUCAGACUACGAGUCGGAUGCCGCGCAUUACAUGGAGACCAGGGACUUCACCCCCGCUCCGCAUCUCCUCCACCGCACCAACACCGACCUCAACCUCAGUGUCCUGCAGCGCUACCUGCCCAGCAUCCAGGCCAUCGUCUCCAUCGCAGCGAAUGCCGUCAUAUACAUCUUCUCCCCGGACACCCAGUCCUGGGACAAAUCGGGCGUUGAGGGCACCUUGUUUGUCUGCGAGCAGGAGCCUCUGCUCAUCCGGGGCACCGCCGUUCCGCGCUCUUGCGUCUUCGUUCUCAACCGAAGGGGCCUGGACAAUGUGGUUCUUGAUCUCUCCAAGGUCAGCUACUGUGAGUUCGCGCAAGAGCUGCUCAUCUUCAAUGUCGACGGGCCUGGAAGCGGUAGCUCCGUCCAGGAGGCUCAGGAGGCCGCGACACAGAAGGUUGUCGGGGUGUGGAUGCAUGCUGACCAGGAUGAUACGCGAGAGGUGAACACCGGUAUCAUUCAGGAGGCAUGGAAGCGCGUUCGGCUUGCUGGGGAGGCUCUGGCCGGUUCCAACGCUGAUUCUGACGCCGCUGCAGGUGCCGCCAACGCCGGCGUCGAUGGCGGGCAAGAGUCUCUUGGGCCGGCGAUGCAGGCUAUGGGCAGGAGACUCAGCCUAAGCGAUCUCUUUGGCCAGAGCAACGGGAAUGCUCAACUUGGAUGA